ACUAGCUGAGGGGCUCGCUAAACGCUCGCCGAGCUCCAUGCUGUGCAACACCACCUCCUCACUAAUCGUCAGGGGCGCGGAGAGCGCAGUGCACUGCGGUGAGGCUGCGCCGCGGGGGCUCGCCCCCUGCACCGCGCUCUCAGAGCGGCGUAGGGGAGAGGGCGGUCGGUGGCGGCGGCGGCGAGGCGCGAGGCGGUGGCGGCGGUGGUGCGGGCGGCGGGAUGACAGGGGAGGCGGCGGGAUUGACAGGGGAGGCGGCGGCCACGAGCGGAGCGGCGCGAGAAGGGGGGGGGGCGGCGGCGAGGCGCCGGUGAGCGAGGCGCCCGCGCCAUCAGAGGGACGCGCCGCUGCGAGAUGGAGGGCGGCGGUGACGGAGGCGAGGCGCGAGGCGGCGGCGGCGGCGGCGGCGGCGGCGGCGGCGGCGGCGAGUCUCGGUGAGCGGCGGCGGGAGGAGGAGCAGCGGCGGCGCUCGCUCGCUGUUGACGGGAGCGCUUUUGAGCCUGGGAGCCCAUGCCACUG